AUUAUGUUGGAAAAGAGGAGGGUUUCUCUGACCAGCAGCUAUGUGAACAGGAGAGGAAUAUUAGUUUGGACCAUGAGGAACUGGAACCUCUGCAGAUAAAAGAAGAGCAAAUGGAGCCAAAACAUCCGUGGACAAAAGAGGAAACCAUGGAGGUCCUCAUUAGUGAGCAGGAAGAGCAGCUUGUUCUGCAGCAGGAGACUCGAGAUACAGCAGAGAAGCCUUCCCCAUGUUUGACAUGUGGAGAAAACUGUUUAAAAAAAGAAUAUUUUAUAGUUCACACUCACGCAGGUCAGAAGAUUUAUGAAUGUCUACCUUGUGGAAAAAUGUUCACAAGGAAAUCUAAUCUUGAUAGUCACAUCAGAAUUCACACUGGUGAGAAACCUUGUUCCUGCACGAUUUGUGGCAAAAGUUUUACUCAAAAACAUCAUUUGACUAACCACAUUAGAACACACACAGGUGAGAAGCCUUUUAAAUGUCUGUCCUGUGGAAAAAGCUUCACUCAGAAAUCUCAUUUUGAUAGUCACAUCAGAAUUCACACAGGUGAGAAGCCAUGUUCCUGCAUGAUUUGUGGCAAAAGUUUUACUCAAAAACAACAUUUGACUACUCACAUCAGAACACACACAGGUGAGAAGCCUUUUGAAUGUCUGCUCUGUGGAAAAAGCUUCAGUAAGAAAUCAAUUUUUAAUGGACACAUGAGAAUUCACACAGGUGAGAAGCCUUUUUCCUGCAUGAUUUGUGGCAUAAAUUUUACUCUAAAAAAAAAUUGGACUAUUCACAUUAGAACUCACACAGGUGAGAAGCCAUAUUCCUGUACCAUUUGUAACGAGAAGUUUACUGAAAACAGUGGUUUGACUAGACACAUGAGAAUUCACACAGGUGAGAGGCCUUUUUCCUGCACGAUUUGUGGCAAAAGUUUUACUCUAAAAAGUAAUUUGACUAAACACAUGCGAAUUCACACAGGUGAGAAGCCUUUUAAAUGUCUAUCCUGUGGAAAAAGUUUCACUCAGAAAUAUAAUAUUGAUAAUCACAUGAGAAUUCACACAGGUGAGAAACCUUAUUCCUGCACGAUUUGUGACAAAAGUUUUGCUCUAAAGGGUAGUUUGACUGGACACAUGAGAAUUCACACAGGUGAGAAACCUUAUUCCUGCACGAUUUGUGACAAAAGUUUUAAUGUAAAAAGUAAUUUGACUACACACAUGAGAAUUCACACAGGUGAUAAGCUGUUCUCCUGAAAGAUUUGUGACAAAGGUUUUGAUUGAAAAGAUAAUUUUUAGUAUUCAGAUGACAUUUAUUCAUGCAUGAUGUGGAAUGACUUAAAUAAAAAAAUACUUUUGUUUCACAUAAGGUGCAGCAAUUCAAUGCAACAGAAUUUAACAGUAGACGCGUUUUGCAUGUUUGACUGGUGAUAAAACGUCGAUAUAGAAACUCCUUUACUACAUUACAUGAGAAACUCAAAGGUUGAUGGCCUAUUUUGAGCAAAUUUUUGAAAAAGACAAUUAAAAGCUCUGUUUAGAAGAAACUAGAGCAGAUAAGGUGCUAUAAAGUUUAAAUAUAUAUUAAACCUGGUAAAUAUUCAGGUCCUGGGCGAAUAUGUGGAUGUGAAAAUUUUAAAGUUAAUUAUUUUGGGGCUGAGUAAAUUAGAUUUAAAGGGCCAAAA